UGGGUACCGAACGCUUAUGACAGAUCUCAAGUGAAAAAUUAGGGAAAUAUGAAGUAAAAUAUUUUCAUUAAUUUUGUGUUUUAAAUGACCGCAGGAAAAGAAACAAUGGGUGAGCAGCCGAUAUUCACUUGCAAAGCCCACGUGUUCCACAUAGAUCCCAAGACGAAACGGUCAUGGAUGUCGGCCAGUUCUGCAGCGGUUUCCGUAUCGUUCUUCUACGAUUCGUCGAGGAACCUCUACCGCAUCAUCAGCGUUGAAGGAACCAAGGCGGUGAUCAACAGCACGAUAACGGCCAACAUGACCUUUACGAAGACAUCCCAGAAGUUCGGGCAGUGGAGUGACGUCAGAGCGAACACUGUCUACGGCCUCGGCUUCGCUUCUGAAGCCGAACUCGGAAAGUUUAUCGAGAAGUUUCAAGAGGUGAAGGAAGCGAUCCAGGCCCAGCAGUGCGGCGUCGCGGGUAAAGGCGUGAACGGCAACAGCGGGGCCGCCACGCCCGUCGCCAGCGCCACCGCCAGCCCGCUGCUGGCCGCCCGCCCCGCGCCCGACGACCAGCCUCCGGCCGUGCCCAACAAACCAGAGACGGAUGAGAUGGUCGUUCACCAGAGAGCUCACUCUGUGUCUUCUACCAUACAGGGCGGCUACGCGACGGUGGGUCGCGCGCCCCGCGGCCCCCUGCCCCCCGCCGCGCCCCCCGCGCCCGAGCCCCCCGCGCCCGAGACCGCGGAGCAGCAGCUGCGCUACGAGAACGAUCGACUCAAGCUCGCGCUGGCGCAGAGCUCUGCGAACGCCAAGAAGUGGGAGGUAGAGCUGGCCACGUUGAAGAGUAACAAUCUUCGACUGACGGCCGCCCUGCAGGAGAGCACCGCCAACGUGGAUGAAUGGAAGCGUCAGCUGCACCAGUACAGGGAGGAGGUCGCCAGGGCGCGUCACUAUGCUGGAAAAGCAGGGGACGCGAACGAGGUUGAACAGCUGAGGCAGCGCGUGGCCCAGCUUGAAGCGGAGCUCGCCCAGAAGAACGAAGAGCUCGCUCAGAUCACCAAGUCCAAGAAAAUCGAGCAGGACGCGGAAGCGAAGUUAGCGCAGAGCCAGCUGGAGCUAGCCAUAGCGGCCCAGGAGGGGCAGCGGCAAGUCGUGCAGGCCCUCGCCGACCAGCUCGCCCGCCAGCUCGAGGACCUGGCAACGAUUCAUCGAGAGCUGAACACGGCUCUGCAAACAUGAGACGCGGCCUGCGCCCCGCCCCCCGCUAUAUACGCGUCCGUGUGUAAAGAACGACCGGAUAUUAGGGGUGAUAGGCCGGAGAUUAGGGGGGAGAGGCCCGAAUUUAGGGGGGAGAGGCCCGACUUUCGGGGGGACCGACCUGAGAUUAGGGGCGAAAGGCCUGAAAUUAGGGGGGAAAAGCCAGAGAUAAGGGAGAGGCCGGAUAUGAGGGGCGACAGGUCGGAUCGGCGUUUGCCCCUCCUGUUAAGGCCGGACGCGGAGGAGCCCACCUACGUCACAGUCAAAGCGAAGAAAUGAAAAGGAAUAUCGGUAUUUCGCAAGGUGCACGAGUUCUUUUAAGUGUUUUUUUUUCUAUAUCCAUCUCCAUUCGUUCUCCACAAAUAACGAUCAAUGUUUUUCACGUCCAUAGCUUUACUUAUUGAUAUUAAGUGUGUUAAUGAUUUCAAUUUUUUCUCGAAUUUUUCUACGCCUUUUUAAGUUAAGGGGGAAGGUCGAUUGGUGUUGCCAUUAUUGAACACUAAUGAAUGCACAAUUCCACAAAAAAUUGAAUAUUUAAA